AUGCGUCGUGGUGACAUCGCGGCAACCGCGAUAGCCCUUCUGAUUCUGGGGCAGAUCCAGGGACCACGGCAGACGAGGGUGGUCGGAGCGGUGGUGGUCGGCGCAGCCGUCUGCGGUCGUAUCCCCGGCCUGGCGAAGAGCCAACGGGAGCAGUGCAGAAAAGCGCCGCACGCGAUGCCGGCGGUGGGCGAGGGCGCGGAGCUCGGACUUCGCGAGUGCCGGCAUCAGUUCAGGCAUCACCGUUGGAACUGUUCCCACGUGGCCAACGAUCAGGUCUUCGGCCACGUGGUCGUAGUAGGAAGCAGGGAAGCAGCUUUCACGUACGCAAUAAGUUCAGCGGGUGUAACAUACGCCGUGACCGCAGCUUGCAGCAGGGGCAACAUCACUGCUUGUGGUUGCGAAGCUACCGUAAGGACGAAGAAAGAGUUACCGCCGAACGGCUGGGAAUGGGGUGGCUGCAGCGCGGACGUCACCUACGGAAUGAGGUUCGCGCGUAGGUUUCUGGACGCGAGGGAGGUCGAGGGCGACGCGAGGAGCCUGAUGAACCUUCAUAAUAAUAAAGCUGGAAGGAAGAUAGUUAAAGCCCUCUUGCAAACGGAAUGCAAAUGCCAUGGCGUGUCCGGCUCUUGCACCGUGAGAACCUGCUGGCGAACCUUGCCUAGUUUUCGUCAGAUCGGCGAUGCUCUGAUGAAAAAAUACUACAGAGCCAGGCCCGUGGUGGCAAUUACCCCGCCGCCACCCCCUACGAUGAGUUCGGAUCAGUUGCACACAACAUCGGCGGAAAUGGUACCGAUAUUGGGGAACGACGCGAAAACCCAAGGGAAACCAAACGACGUUGGGAAGUCUCGACACGACCGACAACCCUCAAAGAAAGCCAUUAAACCACGACGGCCGCACUUGGUGUUGAAGCGAACGAAAUCUAGCGGCGGAUCGGGAAUGGGACAGAAAAGAAUUCCAAAGAGAAGCGAGCUGGUUUUUCUGCAGCCUUCCCCUAAUUACUGCGAGCCCGAUUUGGCUCAAGGCAGUCUGGGAACGCAGGGCAGAUAUUGUAAUCGUACUAGUAAAGGAACUGACGGAUGUGACUUGAUGUGCUGCGGUCGCGGCUACAACACGCACCAGUUCACUAGAACGUGGCAGUGCAGAUGCAAAUUUCAUUGGUGCUGUCGAGUGCAUUGCGAAACUUGCACCGAGCGCACCGAAGAGUACACGUGCAAAUAA